CACCAACAUACACAAUCGCGUCAUAAGCUUUUUUAUAGUUUAAUUUUUACAUAACCAAAAUACUAAUACCACCUAUCGUCAUUCUCAUUGCUCAGUACGAUUCCGCAUUAUAGUGUUGCACCGAAUCACGCCAUUACGCUAAUUUCUUCAGAUUUCUCCAAUCCAGUCAUAAAGACUUUUUCCAUUUGUGAAAUUUGUUUUAUUUUCGUGUAAACCAAACGACUAAAUGGCCAGACGUGGACGUUCUCCGUCACCUGCACCCAGAAGGUCAGCAGUCCCUGCUAGAACACAACAGCGUGCACCAGCACCACAAGCCCAACCAACACAAGUAGCACAAGCACCACAAGCUCAACCACAACAGCCUGGAUUAUUUGCCCAAAUGGCUGCCACUGCUGGAGGUGUUGCUGUUGGAUCUGCCAUUGGCCACACUGUUGGUCAUGCAGUCACUGGAAUGUUCGGGGGUGGUGGUUCCCGAGAUGAGGUACAGCCUCAAGUUCAACAAGCUCCUCUAAUGCCAAUGGAGCAGAGUAGCCAGCAAGGUGGAGCUUGUGCUUUUGAAGUCAAACAGUUUUUGCAAUGUGCACAGAACAAUGAUGAUAUCUCUUUGUGUUCUGGAUUUAAUGAGGCUAUUCGCCAAUGCAAGGAAGCUAACCGUUUAAUGUAAUUAAGAUAACUGAUAAAUGAAAAUUGAGAAAGUAGUUGCAAAAUUAUUAUAAACAAUGUAUUUUUAAUGUUAAAAUAUAGAAUCACUACCUUACAA